AUGAAGUCGGACCAAGCAGAGCAUGAAUAUGCGGCUUGGACUUCUGGCACAUCGCUGCCCUCUGCGUUUCGAAGCAUCGACGGGGUCAAUGUAAGGGAUCGCGACCAGUGUCUUCGGACGCUUUUCCCGGGGUUGAGAUACUCCAAGGGAGCCAUCGAUUACUUUCUGGCCCGGAUCGUCUUUCCACGAGAAAUGAAAGAGUUCCCACACAAGCUGUCAGCUUCGGGCUGGGACAUUGGACGCGCGAAAACGCACCCAACCACAGCAUUUUCGGGGACAAAGGACAGCCAGCCCCUUUUGCCACUGGAAAUGACGCAAUACGAAGUCCCCAGCCUGGUGCAUACAAAUGCCCUCGUUCUGAACAGCCUCCUCUCGGAAGACAAUAAGGUGUUGCUCCUCUCCGAGCUUGGACACACCGGAGUCUGUACCAGUGGCCAGCUGCUAGAGGUUGUCACCAAUAUGAAACCGGAGCCGAGAGUCAUCCUGGACGUAGGAGCUCAGAUCCUUGAACUCACAAAUGAGCAGGUCGCCAAAGCGUGGCUGGAACUUCUCGAGGACCGCGACAAUAUUCAAGCGGCAGUGUUCUGCAACGACAAUGAUGACCUGACAGUCGUCGACAGGCAAGGUCGAAUUGAGCCUCUGAAAACAUCUCCGUUCGGGAAACAGAUGGAUGUCUGCGUCGUCUUCCUCGACGAAGCCCACUGCCGGGGUAUAAAUUUGUUACUACCGAAAUGGUUCCGAGCUGUGGUCACGCUGGGUGCGAAGGUGACGAAAGACCGAUUGACCCAAGCGUGCAUGAGAAUGCGCAAACUGGGCAAUGGGCAAACACUAGUGUUCUGCGUUCCCCACGAGAUAGAGCGAAGAAUCUGGACGCAAGAUCCUGACAUACAGCAUCAGAAGAUCGACAUCAAGGCCAUCCUUGCUUGGAUGAUCUCUGAAACAUGGCAGGAGAUGAAGCAGUCAAUGCCAGUAUGGGCUUCCCAAGGACGCCGGUUCGAACGUCAGCGGAUAUUGUGGGACCUGGCCAAAAGCCCCCAGGGACUCCAGAUGGACCAAGAUCUAGCACAGAAGUUCCUUGAGAAUGAGGCACAAACGCUAGAGUCGCGAUACCGGCCUUUCUACGUGCCACCACCAAGCAUCUCCGAGCUCCCGAUUACCAACGGCAGUUUGGAGCGAAUCGUGCAGCGCUGCCAUGAAUUCGGCGAUGUCACGAUGCAGACCGCUUCUUUGGAGGAGCAACAAGAAAGAGAAUUGAUGCCCGAGCUUGAGCAAGAACGCCAGGUAGAGAAGCGGACGAAUUUAGAGCCCGCGGGACACAGAAUACACCCGAGUGUGAGGAAGUUCAUCGAGACUGGCAGUCUUCCGCCCAAUGACAGCGGCUUCAUUUGGGCAUUUGAGAGCCUUGCAACCACAACGGCAGCGAACCACUUCAACGUCCGCGACUUCCCUCGAGGCAUCAGAGUCACCCAGGACUUUGCUUGCACCCUUCAAGGCGAUGCGCCUCGCGAGUCGGGUACAGAUGAAUACCAGCGGGAUGUGAGGUUUGUGCUCACGAGUUACAACGCCGCAAAGCGUGACAUUGUCAUGGUCAUCAUCAGCCCGUACGAAGCGGAAAGGUUGAUGACGCAAAUCCGCGCCUCCAAGCACGUCACUCUCCAUCUAUAUGCUCCAAAGCAAAACGAAAGUCACGACCCCAUCGACCUCAACGCGGCAGGCCUCUACCGGGUUUCUUCGGCACCGACAUACCCAAUCCCGAGGCGCCUCCUGAUUGAGCUCAAUUUAUUUGCCGGUCAGGUCUAUUUCCAGUCGUUCCAGGAGUAUGUCGACGUCUGUGACUUUUUAAACUUGAGCUGGGGAGACAGCGCAGAUGCAGAGGGAGCCGGCAUUGAUGGCUUCAUCGAGCCGCGAAAGCGAGUUCGGCCACAUUCAGGGCGGGCCAACUUCCCUCGCAGCCCCGUACAAUUCCUGCGAAUCUUAAUGUCCAAGAUCCGGCGGGAUGGAGGCAGUAUCAAUCGAACUCACGUGGGAAAGAUGCUCAAUGGGGUUCUGCUGACCGAGGAAGACUUUGCGCCUCGUCCGAAGCGCAAAGCUGAUGCCAUGGAGGACGUCUUGGACGAGAGCGCAAUGUUCAUCGAUGAGGAUGAUGAUGCCACGGUGGAUCCAGACGCUUAA